GCUUCCUGUGGUUGGCAUCGAAGGAGCAUUCAAGAACCAUGACAAUAAUAUGAACUACUAAUUUUAAAACAAUGCAUAAAGUACACAACAACUAAAUAAAUACAAUGGCUAACGUUACACUGACAGCUCGUGAACUGAAGAACAAGAACACUGGUAUAGAUAUCUAUGUCCCUAAGUAUGACACUAUCCCAGGCCAUCUUGGAAGUACUGUCAUGUACCAUGUUAUCGUUGUGACGCGGCUGUUUUACUUCAAGUCGCAAACCAAGUACAAAGAGUCUGAUGUGGUACAGUUCAUGGAACCAAUAGAAACCAAAGCAGAAAGUGAAGAAGUUGCAGAAGACAUUGAUUUGUUUGCUUCUGAUAAACAACCUGAUCGUGACUCAGGACAAGAAGAAGAUAAAGACGAAGAAGACUCAGGAGGAAAAGAUGAUUUGCUGUUAUUGGCCAAAUCAGGCUCAUCCAAGCCACUAAAUCAAGGGUCAUCAUCAAUAUUUGAUGUUGGGAAGGAUGAUAAUGAUGAUGAUAUUGGGGACCUGUUUAUACCAGCUGGUGCAAUACAGAAAAAGCAUGUUGUCAUGGAAACAGAAAAUAAUUCUGAUCUCUUAAACAUAGAAGAUGACUUAGACAAGCUUCUCAUGAGUAACAAACCAGCCAAACCAAAGAAACCAGCACUGCCUAAAAAACCUGUCCCCAAGCCUCGUAUCAAACCAAAACCUGAGCUAAAACCCAAACCAGCAGCAAAGCCACAAUUUGAAGAGACCACAGGUAAUGAUGACCUGUUUAAACCAUCAGAUGAUGUGGCAGGAAAGCGUAAGGAAGAGGAAUUGUUUACUCCCAGGAAGGGCUCUCUCAGGAAGCCUUCUCAUGAAGAAGAAUCUCUUGAUGAUAUUUUCAAAAGUUCUGCAUCAAAAUCAGUCUUUCCAGCUGCAGAAGAAGAUGACGAUGACCUGUUCAAGCCAACUUCUUCAAACAAGAAGCUUGCAGAAAUGGAUGUGAAUGACAUCUCAAGCUACAUCCAGCUUAACACUGAACAACAAGAUGACAACCUUGAUCUGUUUUAAGCUCCAGUAGAUCCCUUUCAUUUUCUUUCUUCUCCAAAACAGAUGAAGGCAGUUUUUAUGUGCUAUAAAUUCUUUAAAAUAUAUAUAAAUGUUAAUAAUUAUAGGCUAUUGUUUAAAAAAUAUUCACCAAAUUGAAAAUCCAAUUUUAAGAUGUCAAGCAAUUACAACCAAAAGAAGAAGUUUAUAGCAACAAAAUUGAGUAUAAGAGUUAAUUAUCAAUGAUUAUUCCUUGCUUGCAUAGCAACAAGCGAAGGUAAACUGUUAUUAGGGAAGAUCUGAGUGAUCUUUUUAUAAUGCAUGUAAUUAUAUGCAUAUGGAAGAAGAGUCAACAUAAUACAUAGUACAGGGUUCGUGCUACUCCUUAAACUCCUCGAAAACUCCUUGAAUUUAAUUCACGUUUUCAAGGGAACUUAAAAAGCUCUUGAGUUUUACGAUUUUGGAGAAACUCCUUGAAAACUCCUUAAAUUUUUGCUUUGAUUAUUACUUGCAUGGUUCUGAAAUAGAUCUAGUCAGAAAGAUCGGAAAAUCUGAAAGUCGGCCAUGUGCAACCACUGUGUAAAAACUUGA